GGACAGAAGGACCGGACAGGAGUCCAGGAGCAGGCAGCAGGUGCGGGAGCAGGGGAUGGGUGUGCCGUGGCGGCUGGGAGCCACCUCCAGGUGUGGGUGACGCAGCCAGAGCAGGAAGCGUCCGGCUCCGUGGCAGGUGAGGGUGGAGCAGAGGCGACAGACGCUGCUCAGAGCCGGACCUUAGCCCAGGUCCGGCCAGCCGGGACCCGCUGUGGCUUCGCUGCCCCCUGAUCUGUGUCCCUGCAGGCUGCCAUGGACGGGGCCCCGCCGCCCUCCAGCCCCAGUGGGCUCUCGGCGUACGUGGCCGUGUCGCAGCUGCUGGGCCUGACGCUCCUGGCCACCACGGGUGCCUGGCUGGGCCGCUACCGGGGCGGCGUGGCCUGGCACAGCCCCCUGCAGUUCAACGCCCACCCUCUGUGCAUGGUGCUGGGCAUGGUGUUCCUCCAAGGUGACGCUCUGCUGGUGUACCGGGUGUUCAGGCACGAAGCCAAGCGCUCCACCAAGGCACUGCACGCCUUGCUCCAUGGCCUGGCCCUGGUCAUCGCCCUGGUGGGCAUCAUCGCUGUCUUCGAGUCACACCGGGCUAAGGGCAUCCCUGACAUGUACAGCCUGCACUCCUGGUGUGGCAUGGCCACCUUCGUGCUCUACCUCCUGCAGUGGCUCCUGGGCUGUGGUUUCUUUCUGUUCCCUGGUGCCUCGUUCUCGCUGAGAGGGUGGUACAAGCCCCAGCACAUCUUCUUUGGCAUCACCCUCUUCAUCCUCUCCAUCACCUCCUGCUUGUUGGGCAUUACUGAGAUGCUCCUCUUCAACAUCAGUGACUCCUACAGCCACUUUGUGCCUGAGGGCAUCCUGGCCAACACGCUGGGGGUGCUGCUGGUGGCCUUUGGGCUGGUGGUGGGCUACGUGCUGACCCGGGAGGAGUGGAAGCGCCCACCCCUGGCAGAGGAGAUGGCCCUGUCCAUGGACUUCAAGACCCUGACAGAGGGAGAGAGCCCUGGUGGUGGCAGCCAGUGACACCUGCAGCUCCUGGUCUCCAGCACGGGCUCCUUGUGAUGUCUGAAAUGUUCUGUGCACCUUGUCCCUGGUGCUUUGCAUCUCUGCCCAGCCCAGGGUGACGAGGACAGCUGGGGAAGGACACGCUUGGUGCAAUGCUGCCUGCUGGACUCAGCUUGGCUUGGCCUCAAUCAUCCUGAGCUCUGCCCUGUCCAGGCCCUGGUGACCCCUGAACCCAUCCCAGCCCCGUGGGAAUGGCAGUGCUGUGGGAAUGGGCAGGGCAGGGGCUGGCAGGGGCACGAGGGAGAGGAGUCCCUGGGCUCUUCCUCUUCCCUGCUCUGGGGACGGAGUGGGAGCAGAGAUUUCUGCACUGUGGACCAAAGCCUCCAGGCUGUUCCCAGUGCUGAUGGGCAGAGGGGAUGUUUGCCACCACUGGGAUGUCCCACUCACUGGCAGCCCCUCACCCUCAGCAUGGCCAUGUGGGGGGGAUGCUCCCCUAAAGGGCUCCUGGGGGUUCGGAGUGACCCUGUGCCUGUGCAGGUUCAGCAGCUUCGUGUCUGAAGUGUUUUCUCCCCACGCGUGAUGUGUUUGCUCAGUGGAUGCUCCUGACCUAAUAAAUGU